AUGGAAUCCAGAAGGACACCCCAACUUCUCCUGCUCCUUCUCCUUUCUAGCAUGCUCUUCUCUCAAACAUUGGCGUGGCCUCUUUUCGGAGCACCUUCUGCUAUGAGGUUGGGUGACAGAAUAUCCUAUGAGGGAGAAGAUGAACCUGACCAAGCUUCAUUAAAAGUAGACACUGACAUCUUGCAAAAUGUCUUAGCUGAAAACGGCACACCCUAUUAUGAUGCAUCUAGGAAUACUAGACAUGCUGAUGGAGUUUUCACCAGUGACUACAGCAAACUCUUGGGUCAGCUUUCUGCCAAAAAAUACCUUGAGUCUCUUGUUGGAAAACGCUUUGGCAAUGACAUCUCAGAAGGCCAGGGGCCAAUCAAACGCCAUUCAGAUGCAGUCUUCACUGACAACUAUACGCGCCUUCGGAAACAAAUGGCUGUGAAGAAAUACUUGAACUCAAUCCUGAAUGGGAAGAGGAGCACUGAGGGGGAAUACCCUGACAUUUUUGAAGAGCUAGAAAAAUGA